GGUUUACCUGAGGCCUGCAGUUUUAGACUUUUAAAUAAAGCCUGCUGGGUGGAAAGUUCUGACAGAUUGAAAAUGUACUGAAGAAAAACUGCUGCAUAUAAUUAUGAGGUUCUGCAAGAUAGAAAUAGCACACAUAUGGCCUGGAUUAUCGAUGCUGUUCGCAACUUAUUUGGAGGAUCAUGUUCCUUUGAAAAUCGGCAGCUAGAAGUACUGCAAGACAGUAUACAUUCAAUAGUGAAUGAAAAUAAAUAUCUAAGAAAAGAAAAUGAAAGAUGUGUUGAAAGACUGUCCGAAGCAAAAGAUCAGUACAGGAAUUUGAAGGAUGUGACUUUACCCAUGGUGCUAGGUGCUAUUGGUGUUUACAUUGCCUUCAGCCAUUUUAUCUUCUUUUAUAAAGCACAGAAAAGCAAAGCAUCAUUUAAAAAGCAAAGGAGUAAUUUGCAAAAUACUAUAGAUGACCUGAAAAAGGAAAACAUGGCUACAGAAUCUACAAAUUUCCUACAAACUGCCAAAAUGGAAAGCAGACUCGACAAGCUUCUGCAGGAGAAUAGCUGGCUGCAAAAAGAAAAAACAGAGCUACAAAAAUCAUUGAGCUUACACAAGGACAGGAACAGAACACUGGAAGAUGAAGUUACACAGAUGAAAUGCAAACUUAUGAUACUAGAAAGAGAAAUCUUCAGCCCUUCCUACAACGGAUGGGAAAUACACAGAGAAGCAUCAGUCCCACUGGCAAAUGAUGGUCAAACCACUCAAAUGAAAAAACGUCACAGGAAGAAGAAGAAGAAGAAACAUGUAAGUUGCCAUUCCAGCAAUGAAACAUCUGAAAAUCAAAAUGUUUCCUCACCUUUGCACCAUCUGAUACCUAUUGACACAAGCAAAAUGUGAGCAUUACAAUAAUUCAGGAGACAACAGACAGCCAGGGCAUCUUCCUGCGAUGAAAACUGUAUAAAGUAUAAAUUGUGAAACUGCAGUGUUGAAGUAUUUAUCUCAAGUUGAGAUAAAGUAAUAUGGAUGGCAUGUUGCUUUUAAUUAUAAAACAAUUUACUUAUAAGAUAAUACCCUGACUAAUGGAGAAUGAAACAGUCACUGUAUAUAUUGAGGAAAGUAAAUAAAGGCAAGUGAUAAAGUGAUUUCUAAACAAACUAUUUAGCAGAAUCUGGACUUUAAAAAGGAAUUAGGAAAAUUAAAUAAAACGGUACUCCUGAGUACCUAGCAUGACUUCCCCGAGGUCACUCCAGUAAAAAUAAAAAUAUGUUGUUCCACAUAAUUUCAAGAGAAUUAUCCAAGUCAGCAGUACUCAGGGAUUAUACACAACUAGCAAAUGCAGGAAACACCAAAAAACACAAAAACAGAUGACCAGUAACCUCCAAACACUCAAAAUACAAAUAACACACAGAAAUAAAAUUUAUUGUCUAGCGCCUCAGCUCUCAAGCCUUUUCAGAGUAUAUUUUCAUUAAUAAACAGCCCAACUUCCAAUUACUUAAUUAAAUAAUUAAAAUAAUUGUAAUUAAAUUAUUACAGACAUUUCCAAUUACAUUCCAUAUUAAGACCUCUGGGGGAUAAAGUAUUGAAUUUCAAAAUAAAAAUUGACUCUUUUUUUAAAAGUUUUCUUUUUAUAUCAGAUACAUUCAUACAUUCUCUAUUAAUCUGUUCUAAAAUUGUUGCUUGCAAGCCCUGUGGAUUACCAUUCUGAAACUUUUGAAAAUGCAGGACUGUAGGCCUUUCCACCCUACCCUUUCUAAUGUCCCUAAUGUGUUCCUUUAAUCUAGCAGAAAAGCUUAUUUUGCUUUCUCCAAUAUAAAAUUUAUAACAUGGACAUCUCAAACCAUAUAUCACCCCCUCACUACUGCACUCAUAACUGCCUUUAACCUGAAAUCUUUUUCCAUUCAUUUUCAAAAAACUAUUGACUAUAAAACCACAACACGCUCACUUCCCAAAAGGAAGUGCUCCUUUUAACACAAUCUCUUCAUUUCUCCCUACCAAGGGCAUACUAAAUCUACCAUGUACAAAAAUAUCUUUAAUAAUUCUACCUCUCAUGUAAGAAAUCCAAGGUUGACCUUUACUGAUAAAAUCUAAAUUUUUACAUUUCUCUAAGACACCCCAAAAAUAUUUUACCAAGCUAAUUAAUCUCUCAGAGAAUAGGGUAUAUUUUGUAACAAAAUAUUUGUUCCUGUACGCCUUUCCUUUUAUCUAUCCUUUUUGUUCCUUCCCUUAUAUACUCCUUUUGUAUAUUGUGCUGCUUAUCUUUCAAAACAAUCCCAUAUUACUUCUUUUUCAUAUUCUUUCUUAUAAAACAUUUGCAUAGCUUUCUGCAAUUCUUGUUUGCAAUCCCCUUCAUCACUACAUAACCUUUUUAUUCUUAAAAACUCCCCAUAGGGUAUAUAUUUCAGGGUAUGUGGGAGGUGACAACUUUGACCAUGCAAAAUAUAAUUACACUGUUCAAAUUUCCUAUAAAUUUUAGUAUUUACAUAACCAUCAAUUAUACCGUCCAUUGUAAUAUCUAAAGCUUAACUUUCAUCCCCACCUGUACACCAUCAAAACAAAUACCAAAUUUAUUCCUAUACAAACUUUGAUUACAUUCCCCUAAGCUACCAUGUCACCUUCACAAAUAAAAACUAAAUAAUCUAUAAACCUAAAAAAUUUAACAACAAAUUGAUUAAAAAAUUGUUAUAAAUAAAUAUUCAUGCAUUCCCACAAAUAAAUUUGCAUACAUGGGGGCAAAGAGAGUCUUUUGUCAAACCGACAGUUUUGACUGCAAAGAAGUGGUAACAAGACCAAAAAGACCUAUCAGAAGUUUUAAAACAAGAGCUGAUUUAGACAAAGCAGUUAUGCAGAAAGAAAAUUGACCAACACAACCCUAGAUGCUUUGAUAGAUGAAACAAAUGAGCUGCUAUCUCAGUCUGCAGUGGUAGCCCAGAAAGGGAAAGUGGUGGAAUCAUCCAUCUUGAAUUAUGACAAAUGAUACAGAUCUUUGCCUACUAAUAACCACAGCAUUUAAGGCAGUUUGUACCAUUUAGCAUGAGCAUAAAGACAAUUCAUGUUAUGGAGUUCAUCAGCUGUUUCUGGUUCGUUUUAUUCUGUUUAGAUGUUUCUAAGGUCUGUACAAGUACUGAAAUGCCACAGCCACCUGCAGGCAGAUAUAUGCUUCUUACUGUGUAAUAAAAAUGCCUUCAUCUGCCAAACCUUCUGUCAUAAAUAAAAUGUUCUCUUAA